AUGGCGUCGGCCCCUGCGUUCAGCGUCGCGCUGCUGCUGCUGGUUUCCGUCGCCGGCGUCCGCGCGGUGCCCCAGGGCGGCACGUCCACCUGCAGCACCGACCUCUUCCGCCUCCUCCCGUGCCUGCCCUUCAUCGAGGGCACCUCCGCCGUGCCGGCGGACACCUGCUGCGCCAACCUGGGCAGCAUGGUGCACGACGAGCCGCAGUGCCUCUGCCAGGCUCUCAGCAACCCCAGCACGGCCCCCGUCGCCGUCAACAUGACGCGCGUGAUGGCGAUGCCUCGCCUCUGCCGCCUCGACCUCCCACCCGCCACCGGCGCCUGCGCAGGUAAAGUCCUCCCGUUUCAGCCUCGUGUUCAGGGAUUUCGAACCCUGAAAAAGUCUGUAUUUCAUGAUGAUCCCUUCUGCAGUUGCAGGUCUUCUUCCCCAUGGACCAUCACCACCGCCGCCAUCACCAGCGGUCACUCCACGCCCAAGCGCCAACUCCACUGCUCCAGCGACCCUCACGCCGGCGACGCCAACGCCGAAGACACCACGUAUGGUACCGUCACCGUCGGUGAGCAGCCAAAUGCCACGAUACAGCAGGGGGUCAAAGGUGAUAACUGA